UUGCUGCUGACAUGGAACUGAGGGGAACCUGUACUCCGUGACACUACACAUUUCACAACAUUGUAUCAACGGGAUUCAGGCCAUCAACAUGAAAGCCCUCCUCUUUGCGGCUGCUGGACUACUGCUUCUGCUGCCCACAUUUUGUCAAAGCGGCAUGGAAAAUGACGCAAAUAACCUGGCAAAGCCAACCUUACAUAUUAAGACCUUUCGUGGAGAUCCCGCAAAUACUUUUGAAGAAUUUCCCCAUUAUGUCAUAGAUGGCUGGACAGAAGACACCACAACUGGCAUAACUGGAAAAAUUAAGUGCCCUGAAGAAAGUGUUUCGAGCCUCCAUGUGAAUAAUGUUACCAUGGGGUAUCUGAGCAGUCCCUUAAGUACCAAGCUGAUCCCUGCCAUCUAUAUCCUGGUGUUUGUGGUUGGCAUGCCAGUCAAUGCCCUAGCCCUGUGGAUGCUCUUCUUCAGGACCAGGUCCAUUUGUAUGACCAUCUUCUCCACUAACCUGGCCAUUGCGGAUUUUCUUUUUUGUGUCACACUGCCCUUUAAGAUAGCUUACCAUCUCAGUGGGAACAACUGGGUGUUUGGAGAAGCCAUGUGCCGAGUUACCACAGUCAUCUUCUACGGCAACAUGUACUGCUCCAUUCUGUUCCUGGCCUGCAUCAGCAUCAGUCGCUACCUGGCCAUAGUGCAUCCCUUCAUUUACCGGGCGCUGCCUAAGCGCAACUAUGCCUUGCUAACAUGUGUGUUGGUGUGGGCAACAGUUUUCUUAUACAUGCUGCCAUUUUUCAUCCUGAAGCAGGAGUAUUACCUCAUCCAGCCAGGUAUCACCACCUGCCAUGAUGUUCACAACACGUGCGAGUCUUCAUCUCCCUUCCAACUUUACUACUUCAUCUCCUUGGCAUUCUUUGGAUUCUUAAUUCCAUUUAUGGUUAUUGUCUAUUGCUACAUGGCCAUCAUUUGGACACUUAAUGCAUACGAUCAUAGAUGGCUCUGGUAUGUUAAGGCGAGUCUCCUCACUCUUAUGAUUUUUACCAUAUGCUUUGCUCCAAGCAAUAUUAUACUUAUUGUCCACCAUGCUGACUACUACUACAACAACGCUGAUGGUUUAUACUUUAUAUAUCUCAUAGCUUUGUGCCUGGGAAGCCUGAAUAGUUGCUUAGACCCAUUCCUUUAUUUUUUCAUGUCAAAAAUUGCAGAUCACUCCACUUCUUACCUUACAAUGGUGAAGUCAUCUUAGAGAACAAGGAAAGCUCUCUGUGAAAACAGAUAUUCUUGGGACAACAUAUGUAUCAUGCAAAGAGCUCUACCUUCCAUUUUUGACCUCCUAAGAAACAGUGCUUCAAAAAUCAAACAUUACAGAAGCACUAGUAAUUUUUAAAAACACUUUAUCAGUAUUUUAAGAAUGUUAGCGCAGGAGGAAGGCCACCAGCACUCUCCUAUGGCAACCGGCACAUCUCCGUUUGCCUUACUGCCACAUCAAGCUCUUGAAAUCUCCAUCUUCCCUUCUUCUGUGAGUGGUAUUGACAUCUGAGAAAUGGAGCAUCAUCUUUGAUUGUUUUGUCUCCUUUGACUCUCAUGCGGGCAGCUGC